UUGUUUUCAGGUCAUUAUCAAGUUUAAUGAUUUCGAACAGUGUUUCAACUUGCAAAGCGCAUACCAAUACAAUCUCCUAUGCCCUGGUCAUCCUGGAGGUAAUAGACGGAGGAGUUUGAGCAUGGCCGAAGCCGUCGUGUCCGCGGUCAUCGCCGAUGUGGCGGGCAGGGCGAUAUCCCUCCUCGCGGGGCAGCUCCGGGACCGGCGGGGCGAGGACGCCAAGCUGCGGCGGCUACGGCACAUCGUCGUCAAGCUCGAGAGCGCGGUGGAUGCCGCCGGCGCGAGGCGGAUCACGAGCCGCGCGCUUCUCGAGUGGCUCUCGGAGCUCGGCGGCGGCGCGCACCGAGGGCGCUACUUCCUCGACGCGUUCGGGGGCGCCGCGACGGACGAGGACGAGGGUGACGGCCAUGGCGACGCGGGGCUGCGCCGGGCUUUGUUCUCGCCGAGCUCGUUCAACCCCGCCAAGCGCCUGCGCGUCGCGGCCACGAGGAUGCUGUUCCGCGGCGGCAGCGGUGGCGGCGAGCUCGACGGCGUCCUGGCGAACAUGGAGGGCAUCUCCGGCGAUCUUUCCGAGUUCAUCAUGCUUCUGCAGUGCUGCCCGCCGGCGCUGCACCGGCCGCUGGCCACGAACAUCUACGCGGACUCCCAGAUGUUCGGCCGGCACCUCGAGCGGCGCCGCGUCAUCGACUUCUUGCUGCAGGACGACGACGAUGGUGGCGGCGAGCUCGGCGUCCUCCCGAUAAUCGGGCGCGCCGGCCUGGGGAAGACGACCCUCGUGCAGCACGUCUGCGACGAGCCCGCGGUGCGCCGCCGCUUCUCGCUGAUCUUGCUGCUGGACUUCCACUGCAUGAGCCUCACGGUCGCCAGCGAGACCGUGAAGCUUCUACGAUCUCUGUUCACCGUCGCCGGCACGUCAAGCGCUGGCGAGGCCGGCACCGGCGAGCUCCUGAAGGUUCUUGAGCGAAAGCUGCGCGGCGAGAGGUUCCUGGCCGUGUUCGACAGCGUCGACGCGCGCAAGAAGCAGGUGAUAGACGCCAUCAUGCCGGCCCUGCGGCGCGGGCGGCGAGGGAGCAGGGUCGUCGUCACCGGCACCGGCAAGCACGUCGCCGAUCUCGGCACCACGGAGCCCAUCACCCUGCGGCCGCUGCCACCGGCGGAGUACUGGUUCUUCUUCAAGGCGCACGCGUUCGGCGGCGCGGACGACGCCGUGGCAGAGCCGCGGCUGGCGGCGGCGGGCCAGGCCAUCGCCGAGAGGCUGCGCGGCUCCUUAUUUGGCGCCAAGGUCGUGGGCGCGCUGCUGAGGUCGCGCCCGGACCAUAGGCUGUGGCGCCGGGUGCUCGCCGCCGGCCACGCCGAGCCGUCGUGGCUUGGCAACGUCGCCGCGGCGGCCAGCAGCCUCCUCCCUCCACACGUGACCGUGCGCGGCGUGGCCGUCUCAGGCUCGCCGGUGAGAGGGCUCGUGGGUCUCCAGGAUGCCUCUUUGACGGCUUCACCUCAUGGCGGCGGCGGCAGCCAGCCGGAGUUGCCUGUUCUGCUGUGCAAGACGGUGUUCCCUUCUUAUUGCCUGUACUACACCGCUUAUUGCACGAUUGAUAAAGAGGAUAAACAAUAAAAUCUUUGCAUAUAAAC